AAAGGUCAAGCGACAUUUGCACAAUCGUUUGGCUUCCAUUAGCAAGAGUGAGGCAGCUAUAUUCAACAACGGGCGCAAAAUUCAUUCGAAGGAAGGAAUUUUGAAAUUUCUGUCACAAACGGUUUUCAUUAUCCUCCACGACGAUCAUAUUUUUCUAAGCACACUUUCGUCGCUUGGGUUGAUCGUGCGUUCGUUGGAUUGUUGCAGUUUUUGUCUUUUCAUUAAUUGUUGAUUUUUUUGUUAAACGUAAACGUUGAUUGCAUAGCAUUUAAUCGACGAGUAAGCGGCAAGGACGGACGCGCGAUAUCCUUGUAUAUAUAUUACGGCUGGCUAGUUUUCUUCUGGCGUGUAUUUUACAUAUUUACUGCGUGCAAUCUACGCUUUGGUAAAUCAACGACGAAAGGUAGCGGAUUUUGGUUAGGUACGGUGCAUCAGUGCAGUAAACGUGCCUACAAGUGUGUGUGUGUAACCAGCUAAAACUAAGCUCAAGAUGGCCCAAAAGACUGACGAUAAAACUUCCGACAUACCAGAGCGACUCUAUGAUGCAACCACACGGUCCACUUAUAAGCGGAUGCGAUUCUUCGGAAAAGGUGGCUUUGCAAAAUGCUACGAGAUUGUCGAUGUGGAAACCAACAAUGUAUACGCAGGAAAAAUCGUGUCAAAAAAGUUGAUGAUGAAGCAUAAUCAGAAAGAAAAAAUGUCACAGGAAAUCACAAUACACAAAAGUCUCAGUCAUGAAAAUAUUGUUAAGUUCCAUAGUUUCUUUGAGGAUAGCUAUAACAUUUAUAUUGUUUUGGAAUUGUGCAAAAAGCGGUCAAUGAUGGAGCUGCAGAAGCGUCGUAAAACAAUAACGGAGUACGAAUGUCGUUAUUACAUCUAUCAAAUUAUACAGGGUGUGAAAUAUUUGCAUGAUCAUCGCAUCAUACAUCGCGAUCUCAAAUUAGGCAACCUCUUUUUGGAUGAUCUGUUGCAUGUAAAAAUCGGCGAUUUUGGUCUUGCAACGCGAGUAGAGUACGAAGGUGAACGCAAAAAGACACUUUGUGGCACACCCAAUUAUAUUGCGCCUGAGAUCCUCAACAAAAAAGGCCAUUCAUUCGAGGUGGACAUUUGGUCAAUAGGUUGUGUUAUGUAUACGCUACUGGUUGGCCAACCUCCGUUUGAGACAAAAACAUUAAAGGAUACAUAUGAGAAAAUCAAAAAGUGCCAAUAUAGGGUUCCAAGCUAUCUGCGCAAGUCCGCCGCAGAUAUGAUUGUCGCUAUGUUACAAUCCAACCCAGAUCUGCGCCCAACUAUUGGCAAACUACUGUCGUUUGAAUUCCUUAGCUGUUCGCCAGUGCCAAUGUUCUUGCCUAGCUCUUGCUUGACCAUGGCACCACGACUAGAAAUGAAUGAGGCUUUGACCACAGAUGCUAUGGGAAAUCGCAAACCUUUGCUGGAAUUGAACGGAAUCAAGGAUGAUACACGGUUGGAGCAUACAUUCCUUAAAAAUAAUCUACACGAUGCAAUCACUGCUUCUGCACAAGUUUUCCGACACAAUGAGGACUAUCGUGCGGAUAUUGAAAGCCUUCACCAACAAUUAACAGAGCUCAUUAAUGCUAAGCCAAAACUGCUGCCGCGCAAUUUGGGAGAUGAAAAUACUGAUCCAGCAGCGCAACCACUAUUCUGGGUAUCAAAAUGGGUGGAUUAUAGUGACAAAUACGGUUUCGGCUAUCAGUUGUGUGACGAGGGUAUGGGCGUUAUGUUUAAUGAUACCACAAAGCUUAUACUACUGCCCAAUCAAAUCAAUGUGCAUUUCAUCGACAAAGAUGGCAAGGAAACGUACAUGACCACAACUGACUACUGUAAGACGUUAGACAAGAAAAUGAAGUUGCUUACCUAUUUUAAACGGUACAUGACCGAACAUCUUGUCAAAGCCGGAGCGAAUAAUGUAAAUUUUGAAAGCGAUCAGAUCUCUCGUAUGCCGCAUUUGCACUCAUGGUUUCGCACAACAUGCGCGGUGGUCAUGCAUUUGACCAAUGGCUCUCUACAGCUAAAUUUUUCCGAUCAUAUGAAGAUUAUUUUGUGUCCACGCAUGAGCGCCAUCACAUACAUGGACCACGAAAAGAAUUUCCGUACUUAUCGAUUCUCAACUAUCAAGCAACAUGGCUGUUCUAAGGAUCUUUACCAAAAAAUUCGUUAUGCACACGAGAAACUUAGUAAAAUGUUGGAGAAAAUGUUAUUUUAGUUCGAAAUCAUUCAAUUUUCAGUAGAAGCAGCUAGCUUAAGAUUCGCUUUUUGCGUUAAUUUGGCCAUUCUAAUGUAUAAUGUGUUAAAGUUUCUACUAGCGCUCUUAGCCAUGCACCAACCAAUCAAAUGAUUUACUGUCCCGUGAAAAAACAAAUAUUUUCUA